AAGGCUGCGGCUCUGGAAGGGACUGGGGGGGUCCAGCUGGAUCUCUGCCCCCCCCCUCCCAGCUCAAAGCACCCCACACCUGCUGGCCGGGACAGAGGCACCCCCCGUCAACCCUGCAGGACAGGUGAGCCAUGGCUGGGCCCAGCCCCCCCAGCUACGUCCGGGAAUUCACCCGCCACUCCAGCGACGUCCUGACGAACCUGAACGAGCUGCGCAAGCGACAGAUCCUGACGGACGUCACCUUGAGGGUGGGGGGCUGCCCCUUGCGAGCCCAUAAGGCUGUCCUGACCGCUUGCAGCGGCUUCUUUUAUUCUGUUUUCCUGGGCCACGGAGGCCACGAAGUCAGCAUGCUGACCCUCCCCAGCUCCAUCGAACCCGUGGGCUUCCAAGCCCUCCUGGAUUUUAUGUACACCUCCCGCCUCCUGCUCAGUCCGGGCACGGCGCCCGCGGUGCUGGUCGCCGCUUCUUAUUUGCAGAUGGAACAUGUAGUCCAGAGCUGUCACCGCUUCCUCCAGGCCAGCUACGACCGGCUCACCUUCCUGCUGCCCCCUCUGGACCCCCAGACCCAAAUAUUCCGGCCGCUGGAAGACGAACCGUCACUGCAACGAGACUCCAUCGCGGCCCCCUUUUCCCGAGGGGCCACCACCGAAGGGUCCCCGCAGCCUGCAUCUUUUCGCCCCCCGGAGAAGGAAUCGGGAGCCGUCAGAUCCCCGGGAGCCGGGGAUCUCUUCCCGGUGGUCCACCCGGCCUCCCCCGCCGAAUCCAGCGGCUGCACCCCGAUCCCGGACCCCAAAAUUUGCAACUGGAAGAAGUACCGUUUCAUCGUCCUCAAUUCCACGCUGCGCCAGACGGAGGGCGAGGCGGGACAGUCUGGCAGCUCCGGAGAAGGAAGCCCCGCCCCCAGGAGGCCUCCGGGUGACCUCCGGUGCUCCGUUUGCAACCCGGCGCCCUCCGCGCUCUCUUCUCAGCCCCCCAAGGGCCUUUCUGCGCAAAGGAGAGACGGCGGCAGCCCCGGCAGUGGAUCCUCCAGCUGCCAGGCCUGUGAUCUGCACUAUCUCCGGGAAGAGGACGAAGAGGAAAGAGGCAGCCCAGCCCCCGGCCCAGAUGCAAAGGAAAAACCUUACAAAUGCCAUUUCUGCAGCUCUGCUUUCCGUUGCAAGGGGAGCCUGGCUAGUCACCGAGCCUUGCACGCAGGGGAGAAGCCCUACCAUUGCGGGAUUUGCGGGGCCCAGUUUAACCGGCCGGCAAACCUCAAGACGCACUUACGCAUUCACUCCGGAGAGAAACCCUACAAGUGCGAGAUGUGUGGGUCCUGUUUUGUCCAGGUGGCGCAUCUCCGAGCCCACGUCUUGAUCCACACGGGCGAGAAGCCCUACCCAUGUGGCAUCUGUGGCACACGCUUCCGACACCUGCAGACCCUCAAAAGCCACCUCCGCAUCCACACCGGGGAGAAACCUCCGCAGUGCGAGCAGUGCCGCGUCCACUUCCGCCACAAGAGCCAGCUGCGCCUGCACCUGCGACAGAAACACGGCGCCGUCACCAACACCAAGAUCCGCUACCAGGUGCUGGAUGGCCCAUACGCCACCGUCUGCUGAGGCCGGGAAUCCUUGUCGUCACAAACCACGAUUGCUGGUUUCCGGGCCAGGAAGGGAUCCGAUGCGCCGUGUUUCGCGAACGGAGAAAUUUCCCUUUGAGCCUCCCUUUUCCACGUUCCACCUUUGCGGUGCAGGUAGUCCUCGACUUACGGACGGUUCAUUUAGCGACCGUCCGAAGUUACAACGACACUGAAAAAAAGUGACUUAGCCCGUUUUUCACACUUACGACAGUUGCAACAUCCCCACGGUCAAAAUUCAGGUCUCCGUCAUUCCCCUUUUGCGACCUUCUGACCAGCUCAGUCAAUUGAGGAAUGUGGAUUCGCUUAAGGACCGGCUGAUUCGUUGAACAGCCGCAACGAUUUGCUUAACCACCGCGAGGAAGAAGAAGGUCACAAAACGGGGCGCGAUUCAUGUUACGGCCAGAGCGAUUGGCUUAACCGUCGGGGCAAAGCAGUUGGCAAAAGUCGGACGUGACUCACUUAACGACGGCCUCGCAUAGCAACGGAAAUUCUGGUCCCAAUUGAGGUCGUAAAUCCGAGGAUUGCCUGCAUGUUUCCAGAAGGUGGGGAAGGGGAGGGGUCAAAAAAGACCCCCGUUAUUAUUGCUCCCCCGUUCUAAUCUGAUUCUUUCCAGCUUCGACUACAACUCCCAUCUUCCCCAUUGCUGGUUGGUGGGGGAUGAUGGGAAUCGCAAGCCUAACGUUCUUGAGGGAGGCUAUUCCAGAAUUAUCCCACCCCCUCUAUUUUUGGAGAACAAGGGGAGGGGGGCUUUGAACAGGGGUUAAAACCCCCAAAUUUAUAUCAGAUUUGCCAUUUUUGAUUUGUUCGGUGUCGGGAAUUUGAGGAGGGGGCAAUAUUUGCCGUGAAUUUUGCUCGUUCAAAAGGCUCGUUUGAAGCCUUUUCUUGCAGGAAAUUUGGGGUGGGGGGGGCAGCAUUUCAGAAGUGGAAGUGGAAAGGAAUGGAAAGGCAGAUUUAAACCAAGAAUGCUGGUUUAUUUGAAAGCAUUUGGGUUUGCCCAAUUCACAUCCAGUAGCAAUGCCCCCCACCCCCAUAAUACUACCCACACACACCCACUGGCCUCAAGCCCACCUUCCCAAAUCGUUUGCAGAGAUGCCCCCAGUUUUCUUUUCUGCCCCAAGAUCAGAAACCGACGAUAUAUUUUAACCCGGUUUGGCCCCGUCGCUUCUCACAGCCUUCCUCCAAUUCCAGGGAAGCCCCUGCUGGGGACAAUAGGGUUUGUAGUCCAACAUACCUGGAGGUCUUUGGAGUGGUGUGGUGGCCUAGAGGCGACCCACAAUCAGGAGGCUGUGAGUUCGAUCCUAGGUAGAGUCAGAUAUUUCUCUCUCUCUCAGCACAAUGAGAAAUAUAUCUGCCGAACAAAACUCCGCACUGGCGACAAGAAAGGCAUCCGGCCAGUAAAACACUCAGCUCCAUUCAGUUGCCUAGACUCCACCCCGCAAGGGAUUAUGGGGUCGUUAAAAUAUUAUGAUGAUAUAAACCUAAAUGCUGAGUGGUGCAGUGGCCUAGAGUGCAGGAGGCCGUGAGUUCAAUCCUAGGUAGAGGCAGAUAUUUCUCUCUUUCCUUUCUUUGAUUUUUUUGUUUUUUUAAUUUUAAAUAUCUGAUUUACUUUCCCUCCUGUCCUUUUUCUGCAUUAUUUUGCUGGCUGAAUAAUGUUUUCUUUCUAGCCUUCUGUCUUUAUUUUAAUUUUUAAUUUUAUUUUUUAAUAUUUUUAUCGUUUCGGUUCCGGUUGGUCCUUUGUGCCAACGCCCUGCGGCUACGUUUCAAUUUCUUGCUCUUUAAUAGGAUGGGUUUGAUAUUGCUGGAGAGAAGGCUGCGGGAAGAAAGGAAGGAACACGCUGAGGUCUAGCACCUUGAAAAGUCAUCCUGUAGUGUAGUAGAAGGUUUCAUAGGGUCUUGAUAAGAGAGCUGCUUUUUUUACCGGUGGCUCAAAAACUGAGCAAAAAAAGGGGAACCUUCCUAGCAGGAAAAUCCAGGAAGUCCUCGAUUUACGACAGUUCGUUUAAUGACCGUUCCAAGUUUUACAACGGCACUGAAAAAAAGAGAUAACGGCCAUUUUUUCACACUUACGACCGUCACACAGCAACCCCCCGGCGUUCAAAAUUUGGACGCUUGGCCACCGACUCACUUUUACGACGGUCGCAAUGUCCCGGGGGUCUCGUCACCUCCCUUUUUGGCGACCUUUGGACAAAGCGGAGUCUAACAGGGAAGCCCGAUUCACUUAACGGCUGAAGGUCGUACAAUCGGGCGCGACCCACUUAACAACCGCCUGAAAUUCUGGUCUCUAUUCUGGUCGUACGUCGAGGACUGCCCGUGGGUUCAGAACGGGGAUUGUUGGUGUGGAAAGCGGGGGGACUCUGAUUUAUUUUAUUUUUUUUUGCAAAGUGGGAUGCCCGAGGUUGCAGGCCAACCUUGAAACGGAGGAUUUGAAGGUCGUAAAAGCGAGACACCCCUCCCAAAAGGCUGGAUCCUUAUUGACUGGGGGGGGGGUGAAGGAGGAGGAGAUGGAGAGGCAGUUUGGAGGGGGGCCCCUCAAAGAAAGAACCCCCCCCUCCAAGUUUUUUCAAGUCACAGGGGCUGAAGUGCAAAGGCUCGAUUGUAUAGCCUGGGGGGGGGGGGGACUCACUUUAAUAAAGCUAACAUUAUUUUAA